AAACCAUUGGACCCCGUUCAGGGGUACAAAAGCGGAAGUGGAAGCCGAAAGUGCAAAUAGCGGUAAUGCAUCUAGUCACAUACGAGCCGAGGCGCGUUCACGGUCUAAAGACGCAUGUUCAGUGUUGUGUGAUCAUCCAGAGCAUCGAAUUGUCUUCAUCGAAUUGUCCCAUCUCACACGAUGCCUAGAGGACAGCCCAAGACGGCGGCCAUGGGCCAGCACGGGCAGCAUCAGCUGCAGAUGACUCCUCAGCCGGCCCAACCUCAAAUGCAACAGCAAAUGCAGCAACAACAGCAACAAUUACACCAGUUCCACAAUUUCCAACCGCAAAACCCGCCCCAGGGCCAAGCGGCCAGUUCAGCUAUCCAUCAACACCAGCAGGCUGGAUACACUCAGCAACAACUCCAACCUAUCCCGAACCAAAGUGCUACUGGCACUCAGCAGGGCCAACAGCAGCAACCACAGUCCCAGCAGCAGCAGCAGCAACAACUUCAUGAUCAGCAAGCUCAGCAGGGCCAGCCCGGUCCGUCCGGCGGCCAAGGGCAACCACAGCCGGCCCGGCCCAACUUCCAGAUGGCCCUCCUGCCCCCUCCCCAGGACCGCUUGUAUCCCACCUUUGAAGCGCUCCAGACGGACCUCAAAGCCUUCACGCGGUCGCAGGGCUACGCCUGUGUGAUUGUGUCCUCACUCAACCGGGACCCGGACGGCCACUACCGGAGGUACAACCUCUGCUGUUCCAAGGGCGGCAAGACGUACACCUCCCACAGCCGGGGGAUUCGACAAUCGCGGUCGACCAAGACAGGGUGUCCGAUGAAGAUGAAGGCCGUUCAGGAGAAAGCGUGGCCGUACGACGACAAGUGGCGCGUGGUCGUCCAGUGCGCCGAGCACAACCACGAACCCUUCACGGGCGAGCAGCCCGGCGUCAACGUCCCUGCCCAGUUCCGCAAGAUCGAGCAGGAUGGCGCCCGUUGGCUCAAGAUCAUGCACCGCGACGCCCAGUGCACCCUUAGGCAGCUGACGAUUGGGAUUCGCAUCUCGUUCGGGGACAAGUACCAGUAUGUCAAGAAGAGCGAUGUGCGCAAUAUGUUAGCCAAGAUCAAGAGGGAGGAUGAGAGGAAGGCGGCGGCCGAUGCGGCUGCUCAGGGUCUCCCAACCAACUUGCCGUAUACGCUUAUCCCGCCUGAACAUCAGCCACCGCCGCUUCAGCCGACCAAUGUGGAAAUGAUGCCGCCGUUGCCGUCGGACUUACAGGUGCCGGACCCGGACUUGGAGUCGGAUGAUGAUGAUGCAGAGCCUUAGUUGAAGCCGCCGUUGCCGUUAGACUUGCAGGUGCCGGACCCGGACUUGGAGUCGGAUGAUGAUGACGAUGAUGCAGAGCCUUAGUAUACCGAGGCCUGGUGCGGAGAACUGAGGAAAGAGCUUUGGGUUGAUGUUCAAGCAGCCAAGGCAGAGCUACAUGAGUUGGCAAUUCUGAUCGAUUCGCGGUUUGAUGCUGUGUUGAUCGAGCUUGUGCAGAAGCAAGGACUGCAACCUUCAGUUUUGACAGUUGAGACGUGUGCGGUCUGACUAAUGGUACAUGACACAUAUGUAUGAGCGCUUAUGAUUUACCUGUUUUGAUGUUGUCCGGUGACCCUGCACCAGGGUCGAGCGGUACUAUAAUCAGGGUUUGUUUGUCUUGUUCUCUACUAGUUACGAGGACAUUCAGGUUGCA